UUCUACGGUCGCCAUUCAGCUUCUCCCAGUGCAGCCACAAAGUAAACAGCUCAUGACUUCUGAUCAGGACACUAAGGUCGUGGCUGAACCGCAGGGCCAGCGAGUCCAGGAAGGGAAGGACAGCGCUCAUCUGAUGAAUGGUCCCAUAUCCCAGACCACUCCUCAGACAAGCUCCAUCCCAGCUUUGAGUCAGGUACCGACAGCCAAGGUUUCGGAGUUAAACCCUAAUGCUAAAGUGUGGGGGACGCCGGUGCUGCACUUGGAAGCGGGCCCCGCAGCGGACGGCGGUGUGAGUGCCGACUGGGAGGAGCCGUCGGGCCCGUGCACGGACUGCGGCCAGGAGGGGUUGGAUGCCAACGGUGAUGGUGACAAAAGUCGUGAGAAUGUGGCGCUGUCGGAUUGGCAGGCGUCAGACCAAACCGCUGUGAGCACUUUGGCUCUGGGUCGCUCGGAACAUGAGUCUCCGCCGGAAGAUAGCGAGACCGGAGGAAAUGAGUCUCAGCCGGAAAGCCAGGAGGACCCCCGAGAAGUACUUAAAAAGACGUUGGAAUUCUGCUUAUCUAGGGAGAACCUGGCUAGCGACAUGUACCUCAUAUCGCAGAUGGACAGUGAUCAGUAUGUGCCGAUCACCACGGUCGCCAACCUGGACCAUGUCAAGAAGCUGAGCACGGACAUGAACUUGAUUGUGGAGGUGCUGAGGUCUUUACCGUUAGUCCAAGUGGAUGAGAAGGGAGAAAAAGUAAGGCCAAAUCAGAGUCGUUGCAUUGUGAUCCUGCGGGAAAUACCGGAGUCCACGCCUGUAGAAGAAGUAGAAGCACUAUUUAAAGGAGACAAUUUACCGAAAUUUAUAAACUGUGAAUUUGCCUAUAACGAUAAUUGGUUUAUUACGUUUGAGACUGAAGCUGAUGCACAGCAGGCUUACAAGUAUCUGCGAGAAGAAGUCAAAACUUUUCAAGGAAAACCAAUUAAGGCACGGAUAAAAGCAAAGGCAAUAGCUAUAAACACAUUUUUGCCAAAGAAUGGAUUUAGACCUCUGGACAUGAGCCUUUACGCGCAGCAGCGCUACACAGCCUCCUUUUACUUGCCUCCGGUCUACAGCCCCCAGCAGCAGUUCCCCCUGUACAGCCUGAUCGCCCCCCAGACGUGGUCGGCGACACACAGCUAUCUCGACCCCCCCCUGGUGACCCCGUUUCCAAAUACUGGAUUUAUAAAUGGGUUUACGUCUCCAACCUUCAAACCUGCAGCAUCUCCUCUGACUUCCCUCAGACAGUACCCUCCACGAAGCAGGAAUCCUAGUAAAUCUCAUCUUCGCCACACCAUUCCCACCACAGAGAGAGGAGCUGGGCUAUUAGAAAGCCCUUCGAUAUUUAACUUCACUGCUGAUCGGCUAAUUAAUGGUGUUCGAAGCCCACAGACACGGCAGACAGGUCAGCCUAGAACACGGAUACAGAACCCUCCGACCUACACCAAGAGGGAGGUUGGGUCUGGCCGAGUGGAGCAGAGCAGCGCGGAGUCGCCUCCUGGCUUAGGGAGAGGGAGGAAGAAUUCCUUUGGCUACCGGAAGAAACGGGAGGAGAAGCUGACAAGGAGUCAAACUCAGUCUCCAACGCCACCAAAGCCCCCGUCCCCGAGCUUCGAAUUAGGACUGUCCAACUUCCCUCCGUUGCCUGGGGCAGCAGGCCACCUGAAGACAGAGGACCUGUUUGAAAACCGGCUGUCUAGCUUGUUACUAGGGUCCUCGAAAGAAAGGAGCCUAAAUGCGGAUGCAGGCACGAGCACGCUUCCCGCGGUGACCCCCAGAGAGCCCUUGGUGCCCGCUCCCUGCGCCGCAUCUGCAGCCUAUGGGCGCUCCCCCUCCCCCGUCCGGCUGCCGGAGGAUCCCAAGAUGGCGGAGAAGCAGAGAGAAGCCUCGAGUGUGGACAGACUUCCUUCCGCCCUAACUACGACGGCCAGUAAAUCGGUGCAGGUGAACGGCGCUGCUACGGAACUGCGAAAACCCAGCUACGCGGAGAUUUGUCAGAGGACGAGUAGAGAGCCUCCGUCUUCCCCGUUGCAGCCGCCGAAAGAACAGAAGCCCAACGCCGUCAGCUGCGGGAAGGAAGAAAAGAAGCUCGCCGAGAGAGAGCCCCCCACUCCCAAGUCCAACCCGGGACCACCCAAAGACCAGAGGAGGCCGCCAGGCCGCCGGCCCUCGCCCCCAGCCGCCGGGAAGCGUCCACACAGAGAACAGAGCACCCCUCCCAAGUCCCCUCAGUGAGCGCCGAGGUCUGGGAGGGCUUUGAGGAGCCAGGGUCGCCACAACUAAGCACUGCCCCCCUCGGGGCCGAGAAUGAGCCGCUGGUUAGGGGCUUGCAGCGUAGACGAGGCCGGUGAGGUGCCUGCGAGUGGUUUUUCUUCCAUGAGUCAGACCCCCUCUUGAAAAAAAUCUAUUUUUCAGGAUUUAAUUAAUAUAAACCUUAUUUUAGGUUGGUGCUUAACUGGAGGUGAUGCAUAAGUCUGAUUUUUUUCAGGAUAGAAAAUGCAUUUAUCCCAACAAAUUGAUAUUUUUAUUAAGCCUCCAUGUGGCUGUGAAUGCAUGCUAUAUAUAGUGAGUUUUUCUAAAUUAAGCGGAACUAUGCUACUUCUUUUUUUAAAAUAACUGGUUAGCAAGUGCAUUCCUCUGCGAUGUCCAGACCAGUGCGCGGGCUGAGGACAGCUGGGAUGGAGGUUGGAGGUGACAUGGUCCGUGUGGCCUGGAGAAGAGAUGGGGUCAGGUCGCGCCCUCGCUGGCACAGGAGUUGUGCUUCAUUCAGAACCUUAGCAAGUGACGCUAGUGUUUUUGUUUUUGUUUUUGUUUUUUAAAAGAAGUAUAGCCCGUUUUGGAUCUACUGGGCGGGACGCACCCAAGAGAGCCCUGAAACCUUGAGUUUUGAUGUGCUGCAAGCCAGUAACCAGCCGCUCACUCCUGGCUCGCACGGCUGUUGUGGCAGACAGAGUCAGAGCACAUUGUGAAUAGGACUGAAAUGAAAACAUAAACCUGGUUGCCACUGACGUGUCCCCGCGAAAAUGUACCCUGACGUUGUCUUGCUCCUGGGAGCUGCGGGGAGGGCGUGGGUGCCACCGUGGCUCCCGCGUCUGCCCCACGUUAGCCGGCUCCGUGGGCGCCUUCCCGGACCUCCGCGGCGGCACACAGUGGAAUGUUCCUUAAGUCGUGAGAGAGUGGUGUCUGCAGUGCCCUUGGUGGCGAGGCUCGCCGUUCCUCCGAGACGAGGGUCUCAGCGACCCCUCUGGAAGGGCUGCUCUGAACACCACGCAUGCACUCACGCUAGCAGUUCAUAAUAAAGUUAAAUAUAAAUUAUUUUGUUUUAAAAUGCCUAAAUUUUUUCUUGAAGUAUUCUAAGCAGCAGACAUUAAAACAUUUCCUGCUAAAUGUAACCAUACAGUUUAUUCCACAAAAAGUUAUUUAACAAGACUGAGGGUUCUUUUUAAAACAUUAUUUCCAUCCAAUAUUUAAAGACUUGAAUUUUAUUUAAACUUGAAAAUGACUUUGCCUUAACUUUUGUAUAAGACAGCUUAGAGUUGGUGGAGACUGGCCCCUGGGUUGGCGCGAGUGGGUCACGAGCCGCUCGGUUUGGUGGGGCUGCCGCCGCGGGUGUCGCUGAGCGCACGCUCUGUAGCACAGGGCCUGGCAGUGGCGUCCGUAGUCGACCCGAAGAUCUUCAACAGUUGACCUUUUUCAGAUGGUUGGGAAAUCCUGUAAAUGCGGAUGGUCAAUGCUGUAUUACAUAUGUGCACCUGGGAGUGUGUGCUUUGCUUGUACAGUUGUAAAUAAUCAGAACAUAUUAAAAAGGUACCCUACAGAGAAAAAUCUGAUAAAAAUUAUUGAUAUAUUAUAAAUGUUGCUAUUGAGCUGGAUGUAGAUAAACUAAAUGUUGUGGUUUGAAUAUUAUUUUAAUUUGUUGAGGUGUUUUUCUUUUUCCCUGAUGCUGGUGUGUUGGUCUGAUUCUGCCUCUUUGCUGCUGCAGAAGGGAAAUGGAAAGUCCUAGCAAAGCCUUCCGACGUUUUCAUGCUCUUCUCACAAGUCUGUAAAUAUGUACUAAUCAUAGCUAAUGUGAAAGCAGAAUGUAGGAAGCAGAAACUGGCAGGAGCUUCAGGAGACCAUAAAAGAUAAUCUGCUUAAAAUCAGAACUAGCACGGUUCGCCCUGCCGGAGGGGCGCACGCCCCGGUGCGCAGGACCGUCUCCUCAGAGAAGCCGCCAGGACUCAAGUGUCCGGAGCACACCAUGCUAGCGUAAGAGGAACGUGGGGGUUUCUUUUUUUGUAGGCGAGGGAUUGCUGACUUAAGAAAUCAGGAAUUAAUUGACCUCUGACGCCCCAACUCCUACGGGUGCUGUAAGGAGAGCUGGAAAGGCGAGGCCCAGGACGUCCUGCCUGCGGUGGUCUUUGCCGGCAGAGGGAGCGGACGCGGUCUGCCUCCGUCACCCCCGUCCGCAGACCCAGUGGAGCUGAGACUGCUAGCGCCAGCUGUAGCCGUCCCCCGUAGGCAGGGUGAAGGUGGCCAGUAGUGACAGCAACGGGGCCCGGGCAGGCCCGGGGGCAGCUGGUGCGCGGGAGCGGCGUGGCCUGGCGGUCCGGCCCCGCGCUGCUGCCCCGCGGCCCGCCGGUGGCAUCCAGGCUUGCGGCUCGCCCUGCGGGGGUUUUAUAGCGCCCUUUCGAGUGAAGCCAAGAUGACCCGCCAAGUAGCUCCGUCUCCUGUGCGGACAGCAGCUCUCGGAGAGCACCGUGAGACCUUCCACUCACGGAAGGGGAGCCCGCGCCAGGAGGCUGGGGCCGCGGCUGGUAGGCGGUGGCUCUGGCGCAGCGGCCAGCAGGCGGAGUCUUUUGUCCGUUUGUAGACGCGGAAGUCUUUCCCGCAGCGCCUCAGGGCGGGGAGUCAGACGCAGCAGUCACAAAUGACGCGCGGCCUGUGAAAUCGUGUGAGGACACCUGCGAUGUGGAAGUAGAGGGAUGAGAAUCUCGCCCCAUUUCACCAGACAUGAAUUUCCGUAGAGUAGUUGCUUUUUAAGAGUUGGUGUCCCCAUGUUCUGGUCUGGCCCGCCUGUCCCCGCAUCACUGAUUGUCACCAGCGGGCGGCAGUAGACGCUUCCGGUGGCUGAGUUCGCCAGGGUCACGCAGUUGACGUUCACAGGCCGGUUCCGCUUGUGACGAGCCGCGGGUGAGGAGGGUGCGUGUCUGCGCCUGCCGCCAGCGGGCCGCAGUCCUGGGCCCGUGCGCUUGGUGGCCUGUCCCCUGCAGCGCGGCAGACAAUCCAAGCCGGAAGUGGGGCCAGCAGCCGCCAGGCCAUGGAGCGGGACGUAAUCCGGAAGCUUUCUGGAGGGCCUUUGUUUUUGUUCUACUUUUCAUUAAGACUGGAAUCAAGCUUACGUGUAAACUAUCGAUAAUUUAAGUUUCCUUUUGUGUCAUUCAGUGUAAAACUGUCUAAUUUGGAAAAAAAUGUAGGUUAUGAAAAAUAAAGAUUUAGGCACUGU